AUGACCCCCUUGAAUUAUGGUUUCAGCGCGAAGCGAUCAUCAUGUCACUACGAGGAGUACAUGAUGCUAUUUGAGCGCUUGAGCCUAUGGAUGGAUAAAGAUGACUUCGGCACCUCCUCUUUGUUGAGCAAAACCCCAACCUUCCACGUGUCCCAUGCUCUCAAGCCGUUUGAGCUGAGCUGUGUUGUUCGUUUGGCCGUUUCCUCUCAUAAACCACCCGCUGUAAAGCCAGAUGAUAAAAAGGCUUUGUUAAAUCAUAUUCCCCCCAAAAAACAUGAAAACCCGAGAAACAACAAUGUCCUGUAA